AUGAUGCGCUUGCCGUUGGUUGAGUCGACUCAAAGCACGGGGCCCUACCACCCUUCACUGACUUCCUCCCCUCCACCCCCUCACUUCUCUUCCCCACCAUACCCUUUUCCCUCCCCCGCCACCUCUUUCUCUCACCUCUCCAUCCUCCCUCCCCAACGUCCCCGUCCUCUCCCCACUAACCCCCUCCCCCCCCCUCUUCCCAACUCUGUUCCCCUUCCCUACCUUCACCCUCUCCAUUCCCCUCCUGUCACCUCGACUCUUACUCCAGGGGGUUGCAUGCCAUCGCUGCCCAUCGAUCCAUGGUUCAUGAAAGGGCCUGUCAUCAAGGGCUGCGGCAGGGGAUCCAAGAUCCUAGGCAUUCCCACAGCCAACCUGCCGUCCUCAUCAUUCGCAGGGCACCUGGCAGAGCACACGUCCAACCUGCCGUCCUCAUCAUUCGCAGGGCACCUGGCAGAGCACACGUGUGGGAUCUACCAUGGGUGGGCCGCCUUGCCGGGGAGGGGCGUAUUUAAGAUGGUUAUGAGCCUCGGGUGGAUGGGUGCUCGGGUGGAUGGGUGCUCGGGUGGAUGGGUGCUCGGGUGGAUGGUUGCUCGGGUGGAUGGGUGCUCGGGUGGAUGGGUGCUCGGGUGGAUGGGUGGCUCGGGUGGAUGGGUGCUCGGGUGGAUGGGUGCUCGGGUGGAUGGGUGCUCGGGUGGAUGGGUGCUCGGGUGUAUGGGUGCUCGGGUGGAUGGGUGCUCGGGUGGAUGGGUGCUCGGGUGGAUGGGUGCUCGGGGUAUGGGUGCUCGGGUGGAUGGGUGCUCGGGUGUAUGGUGCUCGGGUGGAUGGGUGCUCGGGUGUAUGGUGCUCGGGGGUGAUGGGUGCUCGGUGGAUGGGUGCUCGGGUGUAUGGGUGCUCGGGUGGAUGGGUGCUCGGGUGUAUGGGUGCUCGGGUGUAUGGGUGCUCGGGUGUAUGGGUGCUCGGGUUGGAUGGGUGGCUCGGUGUAUGGGUGCUCGGGUGUAUGGGUGCUCAGGUGGAUGGGUGCUCGGGUGUAUGGUGCUUGGUGGAUGGGUGCUCGGGUGUAUGGGUGCUCGGGUGGAUGGGUGCUCGGGUUAUGUAUGGGUGGCUCGGGUGGAUGUGUGCUCGGGUGGAUGGGUGCUCGGGUGUAUGGGUGCUCGGGUGGAUGGGUGCUCGGGUGUAUGGGUGCUCGGGUGGAUGGGUGCUCGGGUGUAUGGGUGGGUGCUCGGGUGGAUGGUGCUCGGGUGGAUGGGUGCUCGGGUGUAUGGGUUGCUCGGGUGGAUGGGUGCUCGGUGGGUUGGGUAUGGGUGCUCGGGUGUAUGGGUGCUCGGGUGUAUGGGUGCUCGGGUGGAUGGGUGCUCGGUGGAUGGGUGCUCGGGUGUAUGGGUGCUCGGGUGGAUGGGUGGCUUGCGGGUGGAUGGGUGCUCGGGUGGAUGGGUUUCCUCGGGUGGAUGGGUGCUCGGGUGGAUGGGUGCUCGGGUGGUAUGGGUGCUCGGGUGGGUGCUAGGUGCUCGGGUGGAUGGGUGCUCGGGUGGAUGGGUUUCUCUCGGGUGGAUGGUUUGCUCGGGUGGAUGGGUGCUCGGGUGUAUGGGUGCUCGGGUGUAUGGGUGCUCGGGUGGAUGGGUGCUCGGGUGUAUGUGCUCGGGUGGAAUGGGUGCCUCGGGUGGAUGGGUGCUUGGCGGGUGUAUGGGUGCUCGGGUGGAUGGUGCUCGGGUGGAUGGGUGCUCGGGUGUAUGGGUGCUCGGGUGGAUGGGGUGCUCGGGGUGUAUGGGUGCUCGGGUGGAUGGGUGCUCGGGUGGAUGGGUGCUCGGGUGGUAUGGGUGCUCGGGUGGAUGGGUGCUCGGGUGGAUGGGUGCUCGGGUGGAUGGGUGCUCGGUGUAUGGGUGCUCGGGUGGAUGGGUGCUCUGGUGUGGAUGUGGUGCUCGGGUGGAUGGGUUCUCGGGUGGAUGGGUGCUCGGGUGGAUGGGUGCUCGG